CCCGGCAGUUUUUUUGCCUGUGUGAAUAUCCCUUAGCUUGCCUCCUACGGCCCUCUCUUUCUCGAUUUUGCCCCGCCUCGGAGAUUUGAACGACGGUAGCUUGGCUCGGCUCUGUGAUACUCGACGUUGCGGAACUUACGUAUAUGCUGCAAGCUUGAGUGAGACAGAAAAGCUUCGUAUAUAUACGAUUUAUAUAGAGUAGCAUAUAUUCUAUAUAUACGCUUUGGGCACUUAUACUAUAUAUAUAUACUUACGUCGUCAAAUUCUUUACAAUGGGCUUCUUCGACUGGGAGGACGAGGACGACGCCGACUCCGUCAUCUCAUCCUCGACACGAAAGUCUCACUCUACAACCCACCAUAGAUCCUCCAAAUCUCGAGAUUCUCCUCGCUCGCACCGUAGCAAGCGCCCAGGGUCUGUUUAUGGCGGCGACAGUCAUUAUAGCAAGCACAGCAGUUCGCGGGGCUCCUUCUUCGGCCUUGGGAAUGGCAGCACUCGGAGCUUCUUCAGCCUCGGUGGCCACUCCAACAGCUCGUACUACAAGCGCCAGCCGCGCUCGUCCUUCAUCCAGCGCACGCUCAAGAAGCUGCGGCGCCUCCUGCGCGACCUGAUCUACUACGCGAAGCGCCACCCCAUCAAGGUGUUCAUGCUGGUCGUCAUGCCGCUGAUCACCGGCGGCGCCCUGACCGCCCUCCUCGCCCGCUUCGGCCUCCGCUUACCCCCCACCAUCGAGCGCAUGCUCGGCGUCGCCGCCCGCGCCGGCUCCGGCGACAGCGUCGGCCUCAUGAACGAGGCCGUGCGCAUGGCCGGCGGCAUGGGUGGUGGUGGUGGUGGUAGCGGCAGGAACGACAGCAGCAGCCUGGCGGACUAUCGCGCCCAUGCCCGCGACAACUACGGCUACGGCCACGGCGAUUUCCGCUGGGAGCGCCACAGGGAGGAGUACCGUACCGAGAGCCACGGUCAUGAUCGUGGAUUCUUCGGUAGUAUUCGCGAUUUCUUUUCUUAGCGGAGGGGUGUGGGGGUAUAUUAGGUACCUACCUUAGGUUAGGUAUGAGG